UAGCAUUCACUGCACUCACUCCAUGGAUAGAUAAUAGUAUAUAAACCCAGCAGCAACCCCACCCACCGAAGGAACUCCAACCAGCAGUGUGACGAACCCUCCAGAUACAUCUGAGAUAUCGCCGAAUACCGCGCCGAUCGACCAAUCAGCGACCAGAUCCAGCUCCGCCUCCCCUGGCAGAUUUCCCAAGAUAGACAUUCCGGUUGUGAUAGAGCGACACUCUUCCACCACCGACACCAUGAGCAAGUCCAACAUCCAGCUCGUCGAUGAAUGCGACAGAUUCCCCUACCCCGAUGACAACCCCGCCUCCUACAAAGCCCACCUGGAGAACUACUGGGAGUUCAAGGUAAACGGAUGCAAUGCAGUCCUCGGCCACAUGCUGGACGCGGUGGUGUUGCGAUUCAACUUCCCGGCCAACGACUGGUUCGUCGACUACAAAAACCGCACCUUGACGAUGCUCACCUCUCCCACCGCGACACCCGCGCAACGCAGCGCCGUCAUCGCCAAGGCGCUCGAGCUCGCCGUCCAGCAGGACACCUUCUCGGUCCUCAGGGGAUGGCGCAACGAGCUCUACCCCGUCUACGGCCCGGGGGGCGAAUUCCUCCUGGAGAUGGAACGCGCCGCGAGCCCGCUGUUCGGCAUCGUCUCGUACGGGGUCCAUGCGACAGCGUACACCAAAGACGCGAACGGGGAGCUACGAAUCUGGGUUCCGCGACGGUCGCAGACGAAGCAGACGUGGCCGGGGAUGCUAGAUAACUCCGUCGCGGGGGGGAUGAGCACGGGAGAAAUGCCCUUCGAGUGUCUGGUGCGCGAAGCGAUGGAGGAGGCGUCGCUGCCGGAGGCGAUCGUGCGGGCGAACGCCGUCCCCGUAGGCUGCGUGUCGUAUGUCUACGUGCGGGAUUCCGCGGCUGGGGGGGAAACGGACCUCGUGCAGCCGGAGGUGGAAUACGUGUUCGAUAUCCCGCUGGACGCGGAGACGAUCCCCAAGCCGUGUGACUCGGAAGUACAGGAGUUUAAUCUCUUCUCGAUCGACGAGUGCAAGGCUGCGCUGGCCAAUGGCGAGUUCAAGCCGAACUGCUCCGUCGUUUUGCUGGAUUUCUUUAUCCGGCAUGGCAUUCUGACGGCGGAGAAUGAGCCGGAUUAUUCCACUAUUCUGGCGCGCGUGCAUCGUCGGUUGGAGUUUCCAACGCGUCACUUGUGCGAUGUGGCUGCGUGUUUGUAGGUGAUGAUGGGGUUGAAAUAUCGGGAAGUCAAUAUUUUGAUGUAUUCUAUCUGAUAUACCCAGAAAUCACCAAUCAAACGCCGGCGCUGCAAUUCGAAACUCCCCCGUCCUAUGCAAAUCCACUUUUUCCUUUCUUUCUUUCUUUCUUUCUUUCUUUGUUCCUUUGCUGAUCUCCUCUCCGGGACCUGUCGUCCCGGAACCUU